AUGACUCAACCAGCCGCCCAACCCCGAUGGGUCAUCCUAGCCAUCGCCAGCGGCGCAUUCGCUGCGCUAAACGGCCUCUUCGCCAAACUAACAACUGACGAACAAACCACCGCCUUCGCCGGGGCCAUCUUGCAUCUCUUCGGCGCGGAAGAGAACACUUUCAUAGAACUAGCAGUUCGUGGGAUCUGUCUUGGGCUUAAUGUUCUUUGUAACAUCAUUAUGUGGGCGCUGUUCACGCGGGCGUUGACCGCAUCUCCCUCCACAACCAAGGUGUCCAUUACCAAUACUUCGGCGAACUUCCUCGUCACUGCGCUGCUGGGUAUGGUUGUUUUCCGUGAAAAGGUGAGUGGGCUGUGGUGGCUGGGAGCGGGGAUGAUGGGUGGUGGGUGUAUUCUGGUUGGAAUGAGAGAUUCAUGA